UGUUGACAGACUUCACGGGGCCGGUUUUUGGUGACCAGUACAGUAGAGCAGGAGAGGAUGUCAUCGUUGUUUGCGUUUUGUAUAUUACAACUGCCCCGUUCGUUUCAGGGGCUGCGGUUUGCGUUUCUUGCUGCCAGCCUUUCGCUUUUGUCACGUGCCUCGGCCCGCGUUGACGCGGGGGAUUAUGCAGCCUAUGUACAGCCCGUGCUGGAAAGUAACGCCCAGGAAUUUCUGCAAGGCGGCCGGUCUUCCGACACUGGCCUGUCCUCAGCGGAUGCAGAUUCCAGCCCUGCGACGUGGUCUACGUCCUUUGACUCUUUCACGGGAUUGCAGCAGCAUCUGAGGUCUCCUACGGAGGCGGAACUGCGAGCACGAACGCCGAGGAGAGGCGCGUCAGCGGCUGCAACGCCAAGUACUACAACGCCACGCCUGGGUGCUGUUGUUCCACAACGAACAUCAUCUGGUGGGGCAACGCUCGCCGAUGAAGCACCCGCACAGGUACCAGAGGGGCCUAUUUUACCGCUCAUGCCACGCACAAGAAGCAGUACCGGCGGCAGCUCGUCGCCAACAAGUGCAGCAGGCGAAUUUGCGGGUGGAUCUUUUCGCACCGGGCGUUACACCAAUCCAUUCGAGGCGCCGCCAGUACCCCCACCCGCAUCGCACAGCCAAAGUCCGAACAUGGUACAGCGAAGCACAUCCAGGCAGAAUGUGUCUGGGAUUCGAGUUCCACCACCUAGCCCCGACUACAGUCCGCGCGAUUCCUCGACGAGAAGGCCGUUCGGCCGCUCGAACCGCGGCGUACCGGAGUCCCCGGUCGCGACAAGCCGUUCGACCCAGGGUCCGAGCCAUCUCCAACCGCUAUCGCCGAGUCGCAUCGUGUUUCAAAGGGUCGAGCCCCCGAAUGUGCAAAGCGCGCCGGCAACGCCGCUGGCAGAUCCGGCGGCCGCGUCGCCCGUUGUCCGUCGGCGAACGGUGCAAACGCCAGGGAGUGCCCCACCCGGGGCAAAGCCAUACGCUUCUGCAGCAAACCCAUUUGCGCUGCCGCCAGCAGACGACGUACACCGCGAUGAGCAACAUGCAGACGAUUCCAUGGAACAGGUAGUAGCGAGCGCUUGGUGGGCCCAGACUUCGCCAACAACUUUCACACCAAACAAUUCGCCAGCCGAUGCGAAUGAGGAUGGUACUGACACUCAUUUACUGGUGCCGCAACGGGUUUUUACAACUACUACGGCAGGCAGCCAAGCGUCCCCGGUGGACGCGAGAACCCUGCCAACCCAACCUCCUCGAGUUGUACGGCGGACGAUCAUGGUGCCUGCAGGCGCCCCCGACCCGAAUCACCCGGCGCUACUUCCAGGCGAGGGGGAACCAAACCGAGUCACCUCCUUUCAGUUCCCGGUCCUGAACGGUUUGGCUUCGGCGAGUCCGGAUUGGCAUCCUGAGGCCGGCACGCCGCUGCGGCACCGCGUUUACACCAAUCCGCAGCCAGUUCUCCAAAGGACGAUUCAGGCGGCGGCCAUGCAGCAAGCAGCGGCAGAGCACGGCUACGAGGUGCACAAUCCCGCGACAACUGCGUCCGCGCAGGAGGAGGAGGUCGCUCGUUCGGAAAUGCCGUAUGACGUGAUGAAUGCUCGCGAGAUUGUGAGGCUCGUCGUAAGCUUCAACCGGGCAUUGCUCAUGGUUGCAGAUUUGUUUGCCCCAAAUCCUCCACCGCCACUACAGCUUGGAGUGGUGGUUGCCGCGAUGCGCCCCGAUGGAUUUCAGGAACGUGCGCGGGUACUGGACCAGAUCCGUGAAUACACGCACCAAAUGCGCCAACUAUCCAACCCCGACCUGUUUGCGGCUCUGAAUCCCAUUGACGAGGCAGCGGCCGUGAAUGCUCGGCGCGCGGUCGGCCAGGCGUUGGACAUUCAGCUGAACGCGCUGCGACCACUUGUGUUUGCGUUCCAGCAGCGCCAGCGCCAGUACGGACUGUCGCCCAUCUCAGAACGCAGUCCAGAAACAGAUCCGUCACUCCCGUCCUUCGGGGAUUUGCGGCGUGGGCAGACGGGUGGAGAUCAAGAGGGCGCAGCUACAUCAAACACGUCGCCCGGUGGCACGGUCCAGACAACGGCCUUGCGAGCAGGAGAGACGCAACCAGCGGAGGAUGUAAUAAACAGGCAGCAUCCCCGGAUAGCGACCAUGCUUGACCUCACCGCCAUAACCGGACCAGGGCUCUUACCCGGACCAGAAACUACGACCUCCACGGGCAACAGAGACAACGGGACAUCAGACACGUUGCACACCAAUGGUCGACGCGUCACGUGGUUGAACACCGGGGUUCCCACACAACCAGGACCGCUAAGUGUUCUCAAUACGGACGAGCGGGCUCGGUUGCUGGGGAACCUUGUGCCGCAAACGCAAGGAUUGUGGAACGGGUGGACCGCAGCGCUUUUAGAGGACCCGUCUCUCGCACUGGUGGGAGUGGAUGUGGAGCGAAUUCGACGAGAGGAGCAUGAGCGAAACGAGCGGUUUGUGGAGGCGGUGCUUCGGCAGCAGCGGGACCAGCGCGGACCCUGUUUUCCAGGUCUGAAGAAAUUAGGGAAACUGGUCAUGAAAUUUUGCGAACCGAAGCCGGGGCGAAGACCGGGUGCUGCUGUUCCUUCUCGGUGUGGAGGCCGUGCUGACAGUAGUACGACAAAUUGCGGAGCGUGGACGGGAAAAGUGAUGGACACGCUGUUGGCGUCUUCGAGAAAUCGUCUUGCCGAAGCGGCUGUUGAAGCGGCUCGCGAAAGAGCAGCAAGCGCAGCACCCCCAGCAACUGAACAAAAUGCAGGAUCGGUAGAUGAAAAUGAUUCCGUUCCCGCAACGCCUCGCCCGUGCGAGAUUCCGAGGGAUUUCCUCUGCCCCAUCACUCUGCAGGUCAUGGAGGAGCCGGUAUGCGUGCCCGGAGAGAUCCACUCGUACGAGCUGUCCGCGCUCAGAAAGCACUUGCUGCUGCGGGGUGAAUUUGCGAAACUGUCCAAGAAGCGGUUCCGCCUGAAGGGGAAGCCGCCCAUCCCGGGGCAGCACGAAGAGGUGGUCUACGAUUCCUUCUACACCGAGUAUCCGGGAGACAACUGCUGCCUCAGUCGGCUGCGCCGCCGAGGAGAUGGCGAUGAACUACCGAUACCGAUCCGCCCGCUGCAGCCGAACACGCUGCGUCCGAAUCUAGGGCUGGCGAGGAGAAUCCAGGAGUUCCGACAGGCGCACCCGGAUGCUGUGGUGGAGGACGAUUGAAGUUGCUAACAGUUUAUUGAUCGUACAGUAGAAUAAAGGUUUUACUUACUUAGUUUUGGACGUUUCGCACAAACUACUAACAAACGUGCAUUGGUUUCAUCGCGUAACGAGAAUACCUUUUCACUUGAAAAUGGUGAGAUGGAAUUUUCGUCGUUCUUUGUUUUUGAUUGCUUGCAAAAUGCCAACCAUUCUUCUUGUCUGCAAACUUCAAACGAAAUGUUGAAAGGUAAAUAU